CCGGGACCGGAUGAGACCGGGACCGGGAAAUAGUAACGCCCCACAUUACGUUUUAAAGGAACUUUUUUAAUUUUAGAUAUUUUCAAAUAUUUUUUUGUUUUGGUCAUCGACUUGAUAUUCAAUUCAGCACACACAGUUUUAGGCAAUGGAGUUUAUGAACUGUACACUGGUGAGUCCUGAUGAGGUGGUAUGCAACGGCACAAGCUUCAAGGCCGAGGAGAAACUGUCGUAUGAAGACACAUGGUUCUGGAUCUACCUUGCUAUCUACGUUGGCCUUGUUCUAGCAGCAGGUUUGAUGUCCGGCCUCACAAUGGGAUUACUGUCCUUAGACAUGAUGACAUUGAAAGUCCUGAAAGAUGGAGGGACUCCUGCAGAGAAGAAUCAUGCUCGGAAAAUCCUUCCCAUCAUCAAGAGGCACCAUCUGUUGCUGGUGACGCUGUUGCUAGGCAACGCUGCUUCUGUUGAGGCCAUGCCAAUAUUCCUUGAUCGGAUAUCAGACCCAGUUACAGCUAUAGUAGUUUCUGUUACUGCAGUACUUAUUUUUGGAGAAGUGAUUCCACAAGCUAUUUGCACAAGGUUUGGUCUGGCAAUAGGGGCAAGACUGGCACCGUUGGUAUAUCUACUGAUGGGUCUGUUCUUUGUGGUGGCAUGGCCACUCUCCAAGCUUCUGGACUGUUUACUGGGGAAAGAUCAUUCAACCUUCUUCAGAAGGGCACAACUGAAGGUGUUAGUGGAUCUACAUGGAGAGGCGAGAGAGCAUGCUCACGAAACACUGACCAGGGAUGAGGUCCUUAUUAUCAAGGGAGCGCUGGACAUGACUAACAAGCAGGCGAAGGAUGCUCUGGUGCCCAUUGACUGUGUGUACAUGCUGGAUAUAGACAAGACACUUGACCAUGAUACCAUGACAGAGAUCCUGUCCCAAAGCCAUUCUAGAGUUCCAGUGUUUGAAGGCAGUCGCGACAACAUCGUGGGUCUCCUGAUAGUUAAAACCCUCAUCAAACUUGACCCUGAUGAUGCCACACCCAUAAGGACCCUUGUCGAGAACGGCACUGCCAAGUCUGUCAUUACAACCACAGAUGAUAAGCCAUUGUUUGAUUUGCUCAAUGAAUUUCAAGAAGGAAGAGGUCAUCUAGCCAUUGUGCAUCGCUUUGCUGGUCACGAGAUGUCCAUGGACAGUCCUGAUUCUGGUUUAAUCAACGACGAUCCAAACAUGCCUCUGCUGAGAAAUUCACAAGAAGAUGAUGAUAUUAUGCUGGAUAUACGGUCACAGGUUGUAGGUAUUAUAACCCUUGAAGAUGUCCUGGAAGAGCUUAUACAGGAGGAAAUAGUUGAUGAGACAGACGUGUUCAUUGAUAUCAAACACCAGCUCCGUGUUGCGAGGGCAAAGGUGGCCAAGAAAACACCUGUCAGAAAGCGACGGACUGGUAUGCUGCGGAGUGUCUCCCACCCUCCUAUGACCCAUCCACCGCCCAUGUUGACACACGUCCCAGACCUUGUAUCUGUAUCGGAGGCCAACACAACAAACGUUACCAUACACACUACAGCAGAGUCAUAGCUAGUGUCAUUGUUAAUACCUAUAAAAUUGUUCAACGAUGGACACUGGAGAGUUGAACCAAUUUUGAAUAUGUGGAUGGUCUAUCUAAAGAUUUCAUAGCAUUGAAUUUUUUUUGACAAUGUACACUGUGUUACACUAAAAAACAGCUGUGCUGAAUGUAUGUGUAAACACAUUGUAUUGUCAAAAAAGAUAGUGGACACUAAUUUCACAUGAUCGUACACCAGAGCGAUGAUGCUAUGCGUAUGUGUUAGAUUUAUCAUUAUCAAACCUCUGAUGAAUGAGAAAGUAAUUCUAUAUAGCAAUGCAUAAUAUAAUCAUACAAUGCAAAUUGAUGUGUGUGUGUGUUUGUGUGUGUGCGUGUGCGUGUGUGUGUGUGUGUGCGUGUGCAAUCAAUGUGUAAAGCAUCACUUACACUAGACAAUGUUGAAAGUUGAUAGAGUUAUGUGAUGGAUGGGUGUGUUCUGGACUAAAUUGUUAUAGAACACAGUAAAUACAAGAGUGCAUAGUGAUAUGAACGCAUAAUAUGAUAUACAUUGUAGGUAAUAGGUAUUGAUUAAUUUUCUAUAGAUAAAUGUUUUAAUAGAACAAUUUUUGGGACCAGAGAUUGAAAAACCUAUGUUAAUGAUGCUUCUUUUCAUCUCAAAACAUAUUUAAAGUAUUAUAGAUUGCAUAAAAAUAACACGUUGACAAGUUAGCUCAAUUGGUAGAAACCAUGGUGCUUUGUUUUUCUACAUCUUUACUGUAAUAAUAUGAAACCCAAGUUUUAUUUUAAUGAGCUGUUACAAAGAUUGGUCCACAGCAGGGACACUGGAAAGUGAGUGUGACUGCUUUUUGUGAAAAUAUAAUGGUAAAAGUAAGUAUUAGGAUGGUUUCUGGAGACUAAUAGGAUGGUUUCUGGAGAAUAAUUUGAAUUCUUUACUAAGUAUGUAAUUUUAAUGUAUGCCAUUAUUUUUGUAAUCUGUACUUUAAAUUAUUUAAUAUUCUUUUUCAAAAAUGUAUCAAAUAAAAUAUAACUACAUCUUGAAUGUAAUGAAGUGGUUUGGAAUACUAUAUUAGUGUAAAUAAAAUAAUUGAUGUUUGUAAGCAUAUUUCUAUGUGUGAAUUUACAUAAUCAAGGGAGACUAGUCCUUCAAAUCCAAAAUGAUCUUCUGCUAGGACAUUACAAUAUUUGCUAAUUGGCAUAUUAAUUUCAUAGAUCUAAGUUAAGCUUGUCAUGAAAAAACGAUAUGUUAAUAAAAAAUAUUCAUUGAGAUCAUUGAAAAAACAAUAUACAUUUAAUUUGUUAACUUAGUUCAAAGGAUAAAAAUAACUAUUUUUAGAUACAUGUAUUUGGUAACACAAUUUCUUGGUUUAAUAGGACCUUAUUUAUCUGUUAUUGUUAACCAUGCUGUAACAGCUGGAUCUUCAAAGAUGCCAUACUCAAAUUUCACUUCUAAAAAUGAACACAUUUGUUACUGUUUUAUUUGUUAAUAUUUUGUUAAUGUUUUCAUAUGUCAUUUUUAAGGAGGUUUUCAACGAAAAUCAGGUCAUAAGAAUGGAAAUGUCAUUUGGCGGCAGGCAUUAAACAUUGGUUUAACUGAAGCAUUGAUGAAUCGUAAUAAAAGUUGGUGUGUAGGUAGCUUAUGCAAAGAGCUAUCUUGGGGUUGCUUUUAGGGGGGAAGGGGGUCAAGAUCAAGGUCACUGUUACUUAAAAUACAUGUAAAAAUAGUUUCUGCCCAAUCACUAAAGUAAGAAAUGAUGGCUAGUAAUGAAAGUUGGUGGAGCUAGCUUUGGAUUGCUUUGAUGGGGGGGGGGGGGUCAAGGUCAAUGUUACUAACAAUAGAAAAAUGGGUUUGGGCAAUAACUUUAGUAAGGAUUGAUGGAUAGUGAUGAAAGUUGGUGGAGCUAGCUUUGGAUUGCUUUGAUGGGGGGGGGGUCAAGGUCAAUGUUACUAACAAUAGAAAAAUGGGUUUGGGCAAUAACUUGAGUAAGGUUUGAUGGAUAGUGAUGAAAGUUGGUGAGUAGGUAGCUUUGUGAAGAGAACGGUGUGGAUUGCUUUUGAGGGGGUUGGGGUCAAGGUCAAGGUCACGGUCACGGUCACUGUUACAAAAAAAUGAAAAAUGGUUUUUGCCAAGUAACUUAAGUUAGAAUUGAUCGAAAGUAAUGAAAGGUGGUGUGUAAGUAGCUUAUGUAAAGAGCUAGCUUGGUAUUGCUUUAGAGGGGGGAGGGUAGGGUCAACGUCAAGAUCACUGUUACUAAAAUAGAAACAUGUUUUCUCCCCAAAAACUGGAGUUAGAAAAACAAACAAAUACUUAACUAGAGUAAAUGUCAAGUUACAUUUACAUAGCGUUUUCUAACUCAUACAGGAAACAAAUUGGCUAAAAUUUCUGAUUGCCCAUAUUUAAAAUAUUAUUAUGUGCCAUAGAACUUCCAGAUUUGGGAUGAACCUAGGUUCUAAAAAUGUACAGAAUGAACCAGCAAGCAUUUUCGUAAAUGAGCCGAUAUAACUCCAAAAUUGGCUGUCUGCAUUCAGAAAACAAUAGCAAUACUGUUAUUGUCCAAAACAAAGCAUAGGGUGGGGUUUGUACGCAAGAGAACGGUAUUAAAUAGUUGUUUUGAAGCAAAAAAAUGCAUGCAUUGAGUGAGUUGGGAAGCCUAGUAAGAACGUGCAUUGUUUUCACGAGAUAUUUUAAUACAGACAUUAUUUUGAUCUAAAACAAACGUCUUCGUAAACGAGCAAUUGCUCUUCAUUCGGUGCACAAGGUCGUUUCUAAAAAUUAUCGUUGAAACAUAUAGAAAACAGUGGCAAUACUCGCCGAAUCGAGGACGUUUUCCACUCAAAACAAUGAAACAAACGGGAAGCAUGGACGCACCUGACAUUACUGCCCUUGUUAUUAUGCUUAAAAUUGUUGUCUACAAUAAUUAUUUUACAACUCUGUUUUUUUUUUAAUUUUGAGUAAGAAUUUUCCCAAUUUCCUCAUCAGGGCUAACAAAUGUUCUCCACGUAUAGGUGUUCUUGUUAUUUUUUUUCUUACUGUGAUAUAUUUUACUUUUGUGCUAAUACUUUUUUGAGAAUUGAAUAUUUUUGUAGUAUUUUGUAUGUUGGUGUAUAUGUUAAUUAUUUAACUGCUUCUUUACAUAGCAUUAAAUGUAUAUCAGGCGG